AUGCCGACGGUGACCUGCAACGCCUGCAACGCGGCGUUCGAGGAGGAGGAGGAGCAGCGCCUCCACUACCGCUCCGAGUGGCACCGCUACAACCUCAAGCGCAAGGUAGUGGCUGGAGUUCCUGGAGUUACCGAGGCUCUCUUUAUUGCUAGACAAACUGUUUUAGCAGAGGGGAGCAACUCUACCGUUGCUCCUCCGAUGUCUUACAGCUGUGCUCUUUGUGGAAAAGGGUACAGGAGUGCAAAAGCUCAUGCCCAACAUCUCACCACGCGGUCGCAUCUCUUAAGAGCUUCUCAGGAGCCCAAUGCCUCCACUGCUGCAGUAGUCAAGCCACUUCCUGAGCGAGUCCCUCGUAGAGCCCCCUCUGCAAUGGAAGAAGAUGAAGAUGAGGAUGAGGAGGAGGAGGAAGAGUGGGUUGAAGUGGACCCAAGUGAGCUGGAGUCUACCUCAAACAUGCAAGUUGAUGAGGACUCUAAAUCAGAUGAUGAGAUGGCUGAUCUUGAAAUGUUGGAUCCCUCGGACUGCUUCAUGUGUGAUCUCAAGCAUGACAACAUAGAGGACUGCAUGAUCCAUAUGCACAAAAAGCAUGGUUUCUUCAUACCUGACAGUGAAUACUUGAAAGAUCCCAAUGGCCUUCUUAUAUAUGUUGGACUGGAGGUGAAGCGUGAUUUUAUGUGCCUCUACUGCAAUGACAGAUGCCAGCCUUUCCAAAGUCUUGAGGCUGUCAGGAAGCAUAUGGAUGCAAAAGGUCACUGCAAAUUGCGUUAUGGAGAUGGUGGGGAGGAUGAAGAUGCUGACCUUGAGGAUUUCUACGAUUACAGCAGCAGCUAUGUUGAUGUGGAGGGUAAGCAGCUGGUUGCUGCUGGUGACAUGGACAACAGCAUUGAACUGGGAGGUGGUGGAUCCGAGCUCGUGAUCACAAGCAAGAGCGAGAAGGGGAGACGCGUGACGACUCUUGGUUCCCGAGAGUUCAUUCGCUACUACCGCCAGAAGCCACGGCCUUCCGUUGCAGCAGACCGUGCUCUUGCACUUUCCCUGGCUUCCAGCUACAAGAGCAUGGGUUUGGUGACGGUCCAGUCCAAGGAGCAGAUGGUGAGGCUGAAGGUGCUCCGAGCGAUGAACAAGAGCGGGGUGGAGACGAUGAGGACCAAGAUCGGGAUGAAGAGCAACGUGAUCCGCAACCUGCCCAAGAACGUCCCGUACUAG